UGAGAAUUGAAAAAAUAAUUAAGUGCUAUCAACAUUUUUUUUUAGCCCCUCCCCUCCCACUACGGAGACCUUUGUUUGUUUACAGGCUACCAGACUCCCCUGGGAAUAUUUCGCGGCAAAUCUUCGCACGUGGCGCGAUUUGUUUAUCACCUCAAUCAUCUCAGUCCGUCUGGCAGAAGCAAUAUUCGAAAUGAAUUUCACGUACCUUGUGCUUUUGAAGCCUUCAGAAAUACGCUUUACUGAGAACAUUCUCGUAUCGAAGUUUGAUAAUGGCAUUCCCCUUGAGGAGACCUUCACUCAGAUAAAGAAUGGAGAAAUUUUGUUGGAGGAUAUCCCGCUCAUAGAAGUCGUGUUUUACCCAGAGAAGUGGGAAUGGUACACUUUGAACAACCGACGACUCUGGGUCUUAAAAGAGCUGGAAAAGGUUGGAAAAUGUCGUUUUGUCAAGACGAAGAGGAUUGAAUACGUGGAAAAUGUCUUUGAGUAUCCGUCUUUGUUGUAUGGCUCUGCAACUCUUGCAGAAAACAAGCGCUCGUUCACUUGGAAAGGCGACAACCUGCAAAUAACAACACGCUGUAGUCCUUCCAAGGAGGUGAAUAUUUACUACGAAGAAGAUGAACCGAGGUCUCGCUUUGCUCGACAAGAAAUGCCCAGAAGAUGGAACCGAGCGGAAAAUUCACACCACUAUGAAAGAAGUAUACAGCACUACAGUGGCCACAAAAUGAAACACAAAAAACUGUGUAGGAAGCGCUUCCAUCCCUACUCCAGACACCAUGAAGAUCGUCUGCAAAGAAGAGAAGAAAACUUCGCUGUUCUCCGCUGCAUGGUGGAACGGCGACGUGGCCGUAGAAAUUCGGAGUUGUCAGAAUAUUCUGGAUCUGAAUACGGCUUCCAUUUCAGCUAUACUGUCUGGUAUCAAAAGAGGCAAGCGUUUUUACAGCGUAUCUACUGUGUUCGUACAGGGCGUCUGAGAGAUCCUUCGCGCUUCAUCGACGUGCUGUACACUUGUGGUGUCUGCUUCAAGAGCUUCAAGACCAAAGUGAGCUUGAACCAACACAGCGAGGAGCUAUUGCACUGGGCCUGUGUGCGGUGUGGAAGGUUUUUUGAAAGUCACACUGCUCUUGGACAGCACAAACUUGCCUUGAACCACACAGUGUAGGCGUCACGCAAUCACAACAGUUCCACGAUGCAUAAAUAUUCGUUUAAUACAAACGCUGACUGUCCUUCUCUGAAUUUUCCGUAUUUCAUUACUGGAACAAUGUACUGGCAAUAUGUGUUAGGCUGUUCAAGUUGAUGUUGAUUUUUAUUGUCACGGUUGAUUGCGUGACACCAAGUUGCAUGAAAUUCAGUGUCAUUGUGUUACAUACGAGUGCGAUUGUUGCAAUGGAUAUAAAGAUAGUUAUAAAAAUUAUUUAUCGAAUCAUUCAUGUUAAAUCAUAGGUAGGGAAAGAUUAUAAUUUGCAUGUUUCUAUUAUAUCAAUGAUAUAGACUGUUAAUUGUUGGUAAAAAUAUAAUUAACCACCUGAUUUUUCAGCUGUAAUACAGGAAAAAUGACAGUACAGAUUUCAAUGGUAUGGAGAAGUUUGUGAAAGCUGUACCAUGUUGAAAUAUGUUUUUGAUACAUUAGUUGUCAAACAUACAGUUAUGGUUAAAAAUAAGUUAUAUAAUAUAAUAAUUUUUUCAGAAAUAAGUGUGUCUUCCUGAUGUAAGACCAUAUAUUAAACA